AUGUUGGAAUGUGAGAAGUUAAUAAUAGCUGUUGAAUUAGCAGGCUGGUUAAAUGAGGCUAACCUAGCUUUACAGGGUGUUAUCCAGUGUUAUGGUUUGUUAGCACCAUUACUCUAUCAUAGAAUACCCAGUCAGAGCGUUAUCAAGAUAUUACAGAGAAGCCAUUGUGUAUUACAAGAAAUACCAGCUGGCUUGAUAUUAAAGAGACAGGGCCAUAUAGCUGAUAGUUUACAUCAUAUGACAGCCUGUAUCACCUACCAGAUGGCUCGGGCGUUAAGAACAUGGGGACAGAAAACACUAGCUAAUAAUAUAAAUGAGGCUGGUAGGAAACUAUUGUCUAUAGAAGGUCUAGAUAAAGAUAAACAACAACAAGAUGCUGGUGAUAAAGCUGUGGAACCAUCAGAGAGUAUGAUCCUAGAUACCAACGUUGAUCCAGGCAUGAUGACUCUACAGGCAUUGAAAAGAAAACGUAAAGGUAGAAAUGGUCCUAUUACAUCUAAAGAUGAUAUGGAUGGUACUGUUAAUGAAGAAUUAAAGGCUCUAGAAGCUCAUAUACUAAGAAUGACAAAAACAUCUCAAAAUGAAAUGGAAUUAUCUGGUAAUGAAGAUCCUAAUAUACUUCAUGCUUAUAUAGCUUUCUUACCUGCUAAAAUGGCUUACAAGGAAGUUCAGAAGUUUAAACGUAGAGCGAGAUAUUUAGAGUUUAUUGUACAGGUUGCUCAGAAAGGAUUAGUUGAAGGUUUAUCAGAACAAGUUAUAGAUUGGUGUGAGGAUUGUGUGAGUUGGUUAAACAAACGUAAUGAGCAGAUAAUUGGAAACAGAGCAUUUAUGUCAAAACAACCAGGAGCUAUAACUGUUUCUGGAGAUGAUCCUAAAAAAUUUGCUGCUGCCAUGGUGGAAUAUACUAAAGAUAAAGAUACAGGUCAUAAUAAAGGUAAUAAACCACCUGCUGCUAAAGCUUCUACUACCCACAUUACUCCUAAACCUAGACGUAAAAGAUAUAGGCCAUUUAAUAACUACUCACAUAUGCCUGAUACAGCAAGACAUGCUCAAGAAGAGAAAGAGGCAAAGGCAGUAGAAACCCUAGGUCUGUAUUUUAGUGAUAUGUAUAGAACUGCUGUUAAAAAGAAGAGAUUGAGGAAAAUUAACACUGAAGAACUUCCCUGGAAGAGUCAGAUGAAGAUUGUAUUAGGAUUGAGUUGUUUCCAGUCAUUUUUACAGAAAUUAGAAAAAAGAGAAAAACUUAUGGGAACUGCAUCAAGUAAUAUGUAUAAGACAUCAUAUCUAGAUCCUGAAUGGUUUACUUUUGAAACAGCUGGUACCCUAGUGGUAGGCUGGGAUGGAGGUCCUGCCAGACAGCCCUCAAGACCAGAUAUACUGGAACAAGAUGAUGGUCAUCAACCAUUAGAUCUUGCUAUGGCUGGAGAGAAACGUCAAUCAACUGCUAUAGAGAUAGCUGCUGCUGCUGUUAUAGUUGGUUCUGUAGCUCCAGCUCAACGUGGUGGUCUGGUUCAACAGUCACAAGAAUUUGAUGAUACACCAAGAACAUAUCGUAGUGAUAUUAGUACUAUACAGGAGACUGUACCAUUACGCAGUUUGAGGAACAAGGAAGAUGAUAUUAGCCUAUUUACAACACAAGCUACAAUACAAGCUCUGAAUAAAACUUUUACCUAUCUCAAACAAUCAUUGAUUUUGGCUCAUAGAGGACAGCACUGGACUCUUCUACAGAAUGCUUGUAAUAGUUUAUGGAACUGUGCUCAUACUGCCUUACUAAGAGCUUCUACAACCAACCAGGGACCAGUAGAAACAGGUUUAUUCACUGUAGAGACACUACGAGGUCUAGUAUGGAAACCAUUCUACCAAUCAGUGGACUGUUUACUAGAUAUGAUGUACAAAUUACAGAUAAAUCUUGAUCAACAGGCAACUAAGGCUAAGAGUAAAAGUAAAGUACUGGGAGAAUAUUUUGAGAACUGGUAUGGUGAUGUAAAGAAAGAGAAAGGUGGAACUAGUUUAAAGUAUGAACAACCUCUAGAUGAUAAUAGUGUUGUAGAUGUUCUCUGGAUAAGACGUUAUAUUUUACGAGUUAUUGAGAUGUUAUAUUAUGAACAGAAAUGGGAGAAACUGGUUGAUAUUGCCCUCAGAUUUAAUGCAUUGAGCAAUUAUCGUUAUGCUGAACAAGUGAUACCAUUGAUGGUUCAAGCUCAGAGAAAACUGGAGGUGAUAGUAAAUCAAGCUGGUGGUCCAAAACCACCUCAGAAACAUUUCCAGAUGGUUUUAAAACAGUUGGAUGGUGUAUUAUCAGCUAAAGAUUAUUUACAAUGUCAACUGAAGAUACAGGUAGAUCGUAGAGAUUUAAAACCUGUUGAACCUGGUGCUCAUAUUGAUCCUCUAGGACAUAAUGUUUACUCUGAAAAAGAUGCUAAGAAGUUGAUUUGUGUACCAUUGGAUUAUGAUUACAGUCUUGAUACAUUACGUCAAGUAUUAGACCAGUCAAGAUAUGCAGCUCGUGCUCUGAGACAUUCUCGUAAAAUGUUAGUUCUGUAUCUUGCUGGACAACAAAAUAACAAUGAAGAUCCUAUGAUGCCUAAAUCUCAGAGUAAAGUUGAUUUUCUGCCUAACACCGCCCAUCCUGAACCUACGGUGCCAUUAGAUUUAAUGAAAGAAGAAUUCCAGUCAACUGAUGAUGUACAGACAGCACCUAUACCUCGUUCACAAUUGACUUCUGUUAUAGAAUCUUACCAGAAAACUAUUGAUUCCCUUAUGGCUAAGAAUCAGAGAGGACUGGGUGCUCAAGCCAUGUUUGAACUGGGUAAUCUUUACUACCAUACUAACAAUAUCAGAUCUACAUUUAAAUGGUGGUGUGAGGGAUUAGAUGUGAUUUUAAACCUUACGGAUGCUCUACACACCUGGAAAUCAGUUCUAGCUGAUAAUGAAGAUAUUAGUCGUGAAUUGUUGUCUCGCUGUGGAUUAUGGGGAUGUUUAUUAGGUGGAAUCAUCACCUCCAAUAUAGCUCAGUAUAUAUUAACAUCUGAUUUUGGUUUGAGAUUAGAAUGUUGUUUCCUGUCUGGAUAUUUCUUCAAGGCAUUAUUCCGAGCAUCAUUGCCCCAUCCCACAUCAGAUAGAGAUUAUGCACUAUAUGAUGUAGGGGAAGGAUGUGAAGUGACUAGCCUGGUGCCAGGGAUCGAUUUAUUGUCUGACAGAUUCCGAGCAGACGGUCGGCAAGUUGUAGCUGCUUUACGCUGGGUAACUGAAGAAUUAUCGAGGGGUAGACAUAACUUGUUUGUCCUACCACUACUGACUAUGAAUCAGUAUUUUACCACAUUUGUUUGUCGGGAUUUACAGAGAUCAGUUGACUGUAGAAUACUGAAAAUCAGAGUUUUAACAGAUCUGAGAUUUUUUACUGAAGCCUUCACAGUUCUGCGUAGAUUAUUACAUGGUGAAAGGUUACCACAGAUUGGUGAUAGUGGAUUCCGCCAUGUUGAAUCUAAAAUGGGAAUUCUUCAGUUUAAUACGUCAAAACCCAUCAUGGAGACCAAUAAUCUGAAGGUGUUAGAAACAGUUAUUGAUAAACGUCUAACAAGCAAUCUGGCAACUCUGUAUGGACCACAUCUAACCUGUCAGUUAUUAUUGGUCCAAUCACAUCUAUUAAUUACUGUAGCAGACACACUUCCUGUUAUACCGGCCUUAGCAGAUGCAGUUGUACCAAGUCAAGCUCAGUUAGAGAACCAGUUUAUAGUAAUAAAGGCUAGAGCUGCUAAUACAUUAUCUCAUGUUGGUAUGGGAACACGAGCUCCACGUCUGGUCUCUGCCACAUCACAGAAUAUUGGUAGUGAAGAUAUUAGAGAUCAAGAGGUUGUAGAUGAUGAAAUGUAUUGUUUUAAUAGAAGAUUUACAGAAUGUAAGAAAACACUGACUCUAGAGAUUAUUAAAGCUACAUUAUUAAAUACAGCAGAACAGAUGGUGACCACUCUUUCAGAUAAUCUUACAGAUAAUAAUCAACACCAUAAAAAUGGUUCAGAAGAAUUGACUGCUGCUGAACUAGAACUAGUGAUAUUAUGUAAAUUACAACAAUCAGCUAUAUCACGUCAAAAACAUCACGCUCCUCUCGCAGCACGUAUAGCUUUCUCAACUCUCAAACUUCUUCAACAUUCUGAUCUUUUCAAAUCAAAAAAAGAAGUCAAGAUAAAACCAAGGAAAAUGAGUCGUAUUUAUGAAGAAAGACCUUCAUCAUUAAAGGGACAUGGAAAUAAGAAGAAUGCUCCAAUGCCAGAUAUUAAACUAAAUAAACCUAAUAAUAGUCAGUUUGAAUAUUAUGAUUUCCAGUCUCGAUCACGACUUGAUAUUAGAUUGUGGUUAAAAUGUCGUUUAGAACUUGUUCAAUGUUUGAUGAUGGAACUAAAAGGAAUGGGUGAUAUAAGAGGAAGUGAGAAUAAGUUUGUUAGUGAGAUAGGAGAUUGUAGACAGUAUUGUGUAGAGGGAGUAGGAGAAUCAGAUAUGAUAGGUGAUGUUGAACUACAGGCUGAAUUCUUUCUACAAGGUGCCUAUCUCAAUAUCAUGGAGGGUAAAAAUAUAGAUCAUACCAUCUCACUACUGAAGGAAUCUAAAGACAAUUUAUUGAAAUGUGUACGACGUUCUGAUAAAGGGGAAGAACUCUUGAUACAAUGUUUGAUGUUGAUGACAGAUUUAUGUCUGCUCUCUAAUGUUGGAGAGAAGAAAGAUGAUACACAAUAUCUGGAGAAUUAUAUAGAAAUACAUAAUCUUACACUUAAUCAGUUAGAGAAAUUAGGAGAGAGAAUAGAACGAUAUAGAAAUGAGAAAGAUAAACAGUUUUCAACUCCAGUUACACCAAUGAAUAACGUUUAUGUACCACAUCUACUGUUUUUAACACAAUUAAAACUCAGAAUAGGACAUAGUUUAGCUCAGAAUGCUGCUAUUAGAUCUAGUAAAGGAUUAAGUGAUACAGAAGCUGUAUAUUUAUGGUUAGAUUCUAUGGGUGUAUUAGUAUCAGCAUUAGAUAUAUCAAGAUUUAGUAUUAACAGAGACUCCAGUUUAGAAACAGAGAUACUAUAUGAUCUAGGAAGGGUCCAGAAAAUGUUGGUGUUUUUAGACAAAUUUCCAGCUCGGAGAGCUGCCAAUACUUUGUUAGAUGCCAUUAAGAUAUCUUAUGGUACAGAUCAUAAUCUCAGUUUGAUUCGUCAGGCUUACCUUGAAAUAGGACAGAUAUACCUAUAUAGCAGUAGUCUGCCUUUAAAUAAAGAAGGUACAGGUGAUGCUAUAGGUGAUAGUGGAGAUGAGAGUAAUGUAUCAACACCAGCUCCACCUAGCUCUAAACCACCUAGCAGCAGUCAGAGUAAACGCAAAUGGAAGGGUAAGAAAGAGCGAUCUAAGAGUAAACAAAGUAAAGAUGAAGAUUAUAUUGGAGAUUCAGAGAAAGAGAAAAGAGCAGCAUGGUUAGCUAUGAGAUGUGCUGCAGCAACAGGGCAAGCUCUUCGAGCCAGGUUACUACUCAAGGGUAACCCUGAAGUUACUCAGAAGUUACCUGAAAGGGCUGUAAAAGAAAUACCUGAUUUCUUAGCUUUAGAUUUGAUGGGAUCAUAUGUUUUAGGACAAAAGAGAAAAGUCUUUAAAAGUGAAAUAGAAGAAGAGUUAUCUACCCUGAAAGAAGCUGAUGAAGUAAGACAUUAUGAUACGUAUGAUGAACAGAUUAUGAAAUGUAAAGUAGCUGCAAAAGAUGUCAGCUGGAUACAAGUUCUAGGUUACCAAAGUAUCCUACACAGAUUGGUUUCUACAAAAACUAUGACAUCAUUCAGUGUACCAACAGUCGAAUCACAAACUACUCUUGGUAGUGGUACGGUGGGGUCAGAAUUUGACCUUGGUUUUAUCAGUCAUACCAACUCUUGUUCAGCUGCCAAUAACAUUAUUAAAUAUAUGUUAUGUUCUGGACCCUGGAUUGCCAGAUUGAAUAAUCUCCAUUAUUAUUUAUCCACCAAUCUAACCAGCUAUGCUGCUGAAUGCUGUGCUGCUUAUCCACCAGCUGGCCUCAAUCUUCCAGUUCCACAAACUCCAUCUGAAGCUGCACCAACCCAGAAAUCCUUUUCCUCAGGUUUGAGUAGCGAGAUGGACCAUGAAAGUAUUUUAAGUGGAAGUUUUGAUAUAAAUCUCAUGGCUCCUCCAGGAUUUAAGAAAGAUUCAUACAAACCAUCAGAUAAAGGUGUAGUGUCACCAGAAGAUAAUGAAAUCUGCAUCCAGUGGUUGAGCAUGUUAUCUCAAAGAGGAGAGAUUUCAUUGGCUGAUAAACAGAAGAAAGAGAAAGAAAAAGAACCUGUAGUUGCGUCCACCAGUCAGACUAAAAAUAAAAAAGUGACUAGAAUCAAAGCUUUAUCACCUAAAGUACAACGUGAUGAACAAUUAGAGGGAUUACUAUAUCAAUGUCUGGAUGAUUGUGCUACUCUCCUUAAUUCUCAAACAGAUCAGGAUUCUAUGGAGAUUCCAUUUGAAGUCACCAAACCUAAUCUCAAGAAUUUGGAAGCCAUGUUUGAUCCAGGUCUUGGAUUGAAUUUGAGAAAUGGAGAUCUUUUAACUUGGUUACUGAAAUUAUUUCCUACUACAAACCAAUAAAUAGCAUCCAUUGAAUAAAUUUAUCCAUUGUAUUCUAAGUAUUCUAUGAGGUCUUUUCAUAAAUAUGAAUGUGAUAUACUUUUGAUUAACUGCAGGUUCACAAGUAUUCAUCAAUAUCUAUCUUUAAUUAUCUUUUCAAGAGAAAUAGUUAAUUUGUCAAAUUAAAGAAAAAUGAUACAACUUCCAAAUUAUCAGCAUUAAUACAGAAAUUCUACAGCAAUUUCCCAUGUAAAAUAUUCGGUCAAAAACAUACAUUCCUUUAUGGUGUUUGAUAAAUUUCCAGUGUUGAGAUUUUUACAUGAAAUAGCCUUAAUUUUCAGGUUUCACACAGUUUCCCAACAAUUUGAGUUAAAAAUUUUGUGAAAUGUAGAAUAUAUUAUUUGAGAAUUUCCGUCCAUUCCAGUCCUUCCAUUUUAUAUGAUAUAAAUCAAUUGUUUAAAAGAAAUAUUUAAUUAUUUAUAUUUUUAUGUGAUAAUUGUUAUGUUUGAAUUACUGUGAUAUUUAUAAAAUUUCUAAUAUUU